AUGGAAACGACAGAUUGGUCGAACACAGUUUAUUCACCAGGAGUGAAGGGCGAAACAAGUCCGUAUUUCCACGAUUUGGAACAUGAUACAGCUGGCGGACAUGGUGUUAAUGGUGCACAACAAGCAUCGAACCAGACAACGAAUCAGACAACGCCUAAUUUUACAGAACAAGAUCAAUAUUUGCUAAACCAAAUCGAACACAACUUGUAUGAAGCCGCGUCGAAUGGGACACCUGGUAGUUCAAAUGGUAGUCGUUUGAACAGAGCACAAAAUACGCGUGUUGAUGGUGGCCCUGGGAAAUAUGAGUUUGGGCUUGAUAACUUGAAUUUCGUAUUACCAGAGGAUAUUUCGUACGAACAGCAGUCGACGGCGUACCCGCCAUCAGCUUCUAGCUUAAACAACAACACACCUCAUAUGCUUGCUACGAAUGUGAAAAGACUGACUAAAUCGGUAGAAAACCCGACGAUGUUCAUGUCACCGGUCCUUCCAGGGCAAAAUGAUAAAUCAUACAACAACCAGCAUUUAUAUCAUAAAUACCAGAAGCAUUCUGAUGAUACUCAGUCAUAUGCACAUCAGCCACAUAACCAACACGUCAGGCCUGAUGCGGUUUUCACGCCCUUGGAAUCGCCAGCCGUCACCCCACGGGAACAACAAGUAAAUUCGAAUAGUUAUCCCUACAACCCACCAGUACAAGCAUCUUUUGAACCGUUGACUUCUCCGGCUUUAGCUGCGCAACAGGCAGAUAAGAGAAGGUCUUCAUCGGUAUAUGCGCCUACGGAAGAUGGUGUACCUAGUAAAAGAAAAACUCCACAUGGUACUCCUAUCUUGCACGCUAAUGGCCCUCGUUCAAAGCGUUCGCCUUCAGUCAAACCUAGAUCAUCGCACAAAUCUCUGACGAGCUCCCCGUUUGAGAAGUUACCUGAAGCUGGUGUGGAUCUGCAACGAAAUAGUUCUGAAUCUACUCCCAUGCUUCCACCUCUGGGUAAGAAGGUUGACAUUCCUAAUAAUUCAGUAUCUGGCGAAGCACCAGCUUCUGCAACCAUGAUGGGAUUCACAAUGAGUGUAUUGGCAGAACAACAGCAAGAAGGAUCGAAUAAUAGUUCUGUGGAUAUGGUACAUCGCACAACACUGAACGGUCAAACUAGAAACGGUUCAACGUAUGCGAAUAACAACAUACCGCCUAAAUCAUCAUCUUCGAGCGAGACGUCUCCGAUAAUGGGUCUGCAAGGAAGCGGUGAGUCGUCCCCUGUGCUCACGAGAACGAAGUCAAGAUCAGAAAAGCCGACAACAAAGAAGGCAUCACAUAAAUUAGCAGAGCAGGGUAGACGUAAUAGAAUGAAUAUGGCAGUCCAAGAAUUAUCGAAUUUGAUUCCUCAGGCAUAUCAUGAUGAAGUAUCUAUCCCUUCCAAAGCUACCACGAUCGAAUUGGCAUCCAAGUAUAUUAGGGAUUUGAUAAAGGAGAAUAACGAAAUGAAAUACUACAACCUUGAACGCUAA